CAAAAUGUUCCCAAUCUGAUGGCAAAUACUAGCCUUUUGUUUUCAGAUACAGCUCACAGUAUUAGCAGGCAGCAAGAGGAGCUUGUUGAUUGCAGAUGCCAUUUCUCAUCUACAUAAUUUCGGCAAAAAUUCACCAUCUCUCUUAUCUCCUUUUCUCUCUCAUCAGAAAAGUCUGCGUAUAACAGAAAGAGGGAGAGACAGAGAGAGAGAGAGAGAAAAGGGGGAUGAAAAUAGAUCUGAAUCUCGGCUGAUUUCGACUCUCCCUUUUGGCGGUUUUCCUCAAUUUCGCACACUGGAUUUCUUUCUCCGCGUGUCGACGGAAUUGUUUUCUCGGUGAUGUGAUGUCCCGUAAAGGUCGAAGCUUUCUGUCUUCCGUGCGUUGAUAAAUUGAGCUUCAAAUUUGGGGAAUAAUGUUGAGGUCCUCGUGGAGACAAUAUCAAUCUUAACUUUCAGAUAGUCGGGAUCUUCUAAAGCUGCAAGCUUGGAUGAUCUUUGGCGGCGUUUUUUUUAUCUUGAGGAAUGGUGGGAAAUUUGAGGCUUGGGUUUCGUGAAAGAACAAGAGUGGUCAGGGUUUCGAUUUAGUAUUUUCCAUUUAGUGAGUAGGAAAAAAAAAAGGCAGAUAAUAAUCAGAAAGAAAGCCAAUGGAGGAUCUUUCGAAAUACGCACAUAGCCCCACCCAUAUAGCUGUGUUGAGACGUGACUAUGCAACGCUGAGAAAGAUAGUGGGCGCACUCCCUCGGCUGGCAAAGGCUGGAGAGGUGAAUACUGAGACUGAGUCUAUAUCGGCCGAAGAAGAUGCUGAUGCCGUGUCUGCUGUGAUCGACAGGCGGGAUGUCCCUGGGCGGGAAACUCCUCUGCACCUUGCAGUUCGGCUGCAUGAUGCGACUUCAGCUGAGAUUCUAAUGGCAGCUGGUGCAGAUUGGAGUCUUCAAAACGAGAACGGGUGGAGUGCGCUGCAGGAGGCAGUUUGCACGAGAGAAGAGAAUAUUGCCAUGAUCAUUGCCCGGCACUACCAGCCGCUUGCCUGGGCCAAGUGGUGCCGCAGGCUUCCUAGGAUUGUGGCAUCGGCUUCCCGGAUUCGGGAUUUUUACAUGGAGAUAACUUUCCACUUUGAGAGCUCAGUCAUACCAUUCAUAGGUAGGAUUGCCCCUUCGGACACUUACCGUAUAUGGAAACGUGGGUCCAAUCUGCGGGCGGAUAUGACCCUAGCUGGUUUUGACGGGUUUCGUAUUCAGCGCUCGGAUCAGACUUUUCUCUUCCUUGGAGAGGGUUAUCAUUCGUCAGAUGGAAAUGUAUCUUUGCCUCCUGGCUCUCUCAUUGUGCUCGCCCAUAAGGAGAAAGAGAUCACCAAUGCCUUGGAAGGAGCAGGGGUUCAGCCUUCUGAGGCCGAGGUGGCGCACGAAGUUGCUUUGAUGUCUCAGACUAAUAUGUACAGACCGGGAAUUGAUGUUACUCAGGCUGAGCUAGUUCCUCAUCUGAAUUGGAGAAGACAGGAGAGGACUGAGAUGGUUGGAGCUUGGAAGGCCAAGGUAUAUGAUAUGCUUCAUGUCCAAGUUAGCGUGAAGUCGAGGAGAGUUCCUGGUGCUAUGACUGAUGAGGAGCUCUUUUCUGUUAAUGAUGAUGAUAGAUUAGCUAAUGGGGGUGAAAAUGACGAUUACGAUGAUCUGUUGACGGCUGAAGAGAAACAGCAGUUGGAUUCUGCAUUGCGCAUGGGGGAUGGUUUUGGAGAAGACGAGGAUGGUGAAGUGCAGGAUUGCCAUGAAAACCUUGAUACUGGUUCAUUUGACAGCUCUGAAUCGAAUGCCACUACCAAGGAGAAGAAAGGCUGGUUUAAUUGGAACAAGAAGAGUUCGAAGAGCAUGGGAGAUGACCCGGAGGACUCCAAAAUUCUAAAGAAGUUCUCAAAGUUGGCACCUGAAGAUGCCAAGCAGAAGUCUGGCGACCUUCGCAGGUCAUCAUCUGAGUUUCACAGGGAGGAUAUGGGGGACCCUAAAAAGUCAAAAGAUAAAAGUAGCAAAAAGAAAAAGAAGAAGGUGGCCACUGUUGAGUCAAAGAAUGAAAGCGAGUAUAAGAAAGGUUUGAGGCCUGUGCUGUGGUUAACUCCAGAUUUUCCUCUGAGAACUGAAGAACUCUUGCCUUUGCUGGAUAUACUGGCUAAUAAGGUCAAAGCGGUUAGAAGACUGAGAGAGCUUUUGACUACUAAGCUUCCACCUGGCACAUUUCCUGUUAAGAUUGCCAUCCCAAUCGUCCCAACAAUACGUGUUUUGGUGACAUUCACAAAAUUUGAGGAACUUCAGCCAGCAGAGGAGUUCUCAACUCCUCUCUCUAGCCCUGCACAUUUCCAAGAUCCCAAGGCCAAGGAGUCCGAGGGUUCUUCUACAUCGUGGAUUUCAUGGAUGAGAGGAAGCCGUGGGGCCCAGUCCAGUGAUAGUGAGAGCCGCAGCUUCCGUGACGAACCCGACCCUUUCCACAUACCAUCCGACUAUGCAUGGGUUGAUGCUAACGAGAAAAAACGCAGGAUGAAGGCCAAAAAGGCAAAGAGCAAGAAACAUAAAAAGCAUGGGGCGAACAGAAAUCCAGAUGGUGCUCGACGAGUGAAUGAGGAUGCUGAGUGACAGAUGCAGAAAAACAGUUUUAAUCUUUGGCUUGUCCAAUUUCUGGGACUGCCUGAUUGUUGUACUUGAAGAUCAAUCUUCCUUAGUUGUGUUGUUAUUUUGUAUGGAAAUUGGAAUGCAGUUGGAGUGUUUGGGACCGCUUCAAAUGUAUGUAGUUUAGGUUUGUUUGUCAGUGGCUGUGUGAUUGUUAUUCUUUCUGAACUACUAGUAGUUGCAUCUACAACUUUUGUAAUUUUUGUUUAGGUGGCUUUGUAAUUGGAACUUCCCUGAGAACAAAUCUGGGAUGCUCUCCAUUGUGUGGUGUCUUCCGGAAUUGAUGUUAGCACAUUCAAUUAUCUUACGUUGGUGUACUUUAUCUGGAAAUGAACACGGGUGUAUACAAUGUGUGUUGUCUAAUAACUAAAACAAAGUUGAAGUCACGCUUGAAG